GUGUUCGAUGUUAUUUAUCUAUCUGCAUAAGCAUAGCUGUACAUCUCCGAAAUGCCGAAGCUCCGGCGUACUCUCCGGCGCCGUUCCGGCGGAAUCAUCCUCUGCAUUUUACGGAAUAUUCCUCAAUUUUCUUCUUCAUCGUAUACUCUCUCUAUCAAUAUGUAUCGAUCGUAAAGUUUCUUGUAAUUUUGAGUUGUUUGUGAUCGAUUGGUUGUUCAAGUUCUUGACUGAUUGCUGUUCUUCGUGCUAUUUGAAGUGAUUGUUAGAUGAUUGAAGGUGAAUUGAGGCGUUUUAUUGGAAAAUGUGCUUUGAGAGAGUACGGAAAUGGUGACGAAAAAGGUGGGGAAGUAUGAGGUUGGCCGAACGAUUGGCGGAGGGAGUUUCGCCAAGGUUAAGUUUGCGCAGAACACAGAGACCAGAGAGAGUGUUGCAAUGAAAGUUAUCAAAAGCACUAUCCUGGAGCACAGAAUGGUUGAUCAGAUUAAAAGAGAGAUAUAUAUAAUGAAGAUUGUCAGACAUAAUAACAUAGUUGGGCUGCAUGAGGUUUUGGCCAGCCGGACAAAGAUAUAUAUUGUUUUAGAGCUUGUUAAUGGUGGAGAUCUAUUUGAUAAAAUAGUUUAUCAAGGAAGGUUCUUUGAGAACAAAUCUAGGCUCUACUUUCAACAACUUAUAGAUGCAGUUGCUCAUUGUCACAGUAAGGGUGUUUACCAUAGAGAUUUGAAGCCUGAAAAUCUUCUUCUCGAUUCCCAUGGAAACUUGAAGGUUUCUGAUUUUGGACUGAGCGCAUUGCUGCCACAAGGAGUUGAAUUGCUUCACACUGCUUGUGGGACACCAAAUUAUCUUGCACCUGAGGUUUUAAGUCGGAGGGGUUAUGAUGGUGCUGCAGCAGAUGUCUGGUCAUGUGGAGUCAUUCUUUAUGUUUUAAUGGCAGGAUAUCUUCCAUUUUAUGAGACAAACCUUCCAGACUUGUACAAAAAGAUCAAUGCUGCCGAAUUUUUAUGUCCAGUUUGGUUUUCUGCUGGUGCAAAGUCACUGAUACAUAAGAUACUUGAUCCCAACCCUGAAACCCGUAUUAGGAUUGAAGGGAUUAAGAAUGACCCAUGGUUCCGAAAGAAUUAUGUGGCUGUCGAACAUGGAGGAGAUGAAGACUUGAAUCUGGACAAUGUACAUACAGUUUUUGAUGACAUCGAGGAACAGCAUGUAACUGAACAAUCUGAAAAUAAUGACAGUGGGCCUUUAAUAAUGAAUGCAUUUGAGAUGAUUGCCCUCUCUCAAGGGUUGAAUCUUUCAGCCUUGUUUGACAGGCGUCAGGAUUAUGUAAAGAGACAAACUCGUUUCAUUUCCCGCCAACCAGCUAAAGCUAUAAUUUCAGCAGUUGAAGCUGUUGCAGAAUCAAUGGGUCUAAAGGUCCAUACUCGUAAUUACAAGACAAGACUUGAAGGAAUGUCUGUGAAUAAGACGGGACAAUUUGCUGUUGUCUUGGAGGUUUUUGAAGUGGCCCCAUUCCUUUUCAUGGUGGAUGUUCGCAAGGCUACUGGGGAUACUAAUGAAUAUCACAAGUUCUACAAGAACUUCUGCGCUAAACUUGAGCAUAUUAUCUGGAAACCAAAGGAUGGUCCGGUGAAAUCAUCUGCUUAGACCAGUGACUUGCUGAUCCAGUUGUAGGUGUUCUACGCAAACCAAAAAGCUAUAUAGUUUGUAAAUUAUAGUAUUCUCGUAGGCAUUUUAAUCGCCGACUUCUCAUACUUCAAAACCUGAAUUAGUAGUUUUAUGUACUCUCUUGAAAUUAAGAUCCCCUGGGUUGAUCAGUUACCCUUGAGAUUUAUGUAUAGGAAAGUUAGUCUUGUUUUGAGGUUUGAGGUUGUAUGAAGAUGAUGUGCAAAGAAACACUAUGCCAUUAAUGAACACAAAGUAUGCGCUUUUAGUUUUGAACA